UGGCUACACAUACAUACGUACCUCACUCUCUCUUUAAAAAUUUCCUCUAUAAAUAGAGGCUUCCCUAGUUUUACUUCUAAAUAUCUUAAAAGAGAAAAAAAAAACAGCAAAAGAAAACUCUCUUCUCUCAACAAUGGCAAUUACUCAAGCAUUUUAUUCCAUGGCCUUAUUGCCUAUUCUUCUUUUAAUCACACUACACAUUCAAGCCACCGCCGCCGAUUACGGCGGCUGGCAGAACGGUCACGCCACCUUCUACGGCGGAGGGGAUGCCUCUGGCACAAUGGGAGGGGCUUGUGGGUACGGUAACUUGUACAGCCAAGGUUACGGGACCCAAACAGCAGCACUAAGCACAGCUCUGUUCAACAAUGGAUUGAGCUGUGGUGCUUGUUAUGAAAUGAAGUGUAACAAUGACCCUAGGUGGUGCCUCCCCGGAACCAUAACGGUCACCGCCACCAACUUCUGUCCCCCGAAUUUUGCUCUCUCCAACGACAACGGUGGCUGGUGUAAUCCUCCUCUUCAACACUUCGACUUGGCCGAGCCUGCUUUCCUUAAAAUUGCUCAGUACCGCGCUGGAAUUGUUCCCGUUGCAUUUAGAAGGGUGCCAUGUGUGAAGAAAGGAGGAGUAAGAUUCACGAUCAACGGUCAUUCUUACUUCAACUUGGUUUUGAUCACCAACGUCGGCGGUGCAGGGGAUGUCCAUGCGGUCUCAAUUAAGGGCUCGAAAACUGGGUGGCAAGCCAUGUCCAGAAACUGGGGCCAGAAUUGGCAAAGCAAUAACUACCUCAACGGUCAGGCUCUCUCCUUUCAAGUUACCACCAGUGAUGGUAGAACGGUCACAGCUUAUAACGUGGCACCCUCUGGUUGGCAGUUUGGUCAGACUUUCCAAGGCCCUCAGUUUUAAUUAUAUUAGCCUCAUUGGCUUUAUAUAAUUAACAAAAAUUUAGAAAAAAAGAAAAAAGAAAAAUUGUAUAUCUAAAAUAAUUAUUUAUAUAAUGUAUGAACUUAUAUUUUGAUUCCAUAAUAUAAGAGUACUUUGGCUAAAGACUGUGGUGGCUAAAUAGCACCCGUUAUGCCCUUUUGUUUUAGAAUUUGUGAGAAGUGUUAAAUUUUUUUACCUGAUUUGGGUAAAUUUAUAUCGAACUUCUCUCUUGUAACAUUUGAUGAUUUGUAAUAACAACACAAUACAAAUCUAUAUUUCUUAAAA